UACAUACUAUUGCACAUUCCUACCAGCAGUUUUUGGCCAAUGCAGCAGGGAGGGUGAAAAUGGGCCUGGAAAAUGGGCCUGCUGGCCUUGAUGAACAGCCAUGUACAUUGCAACAUGCCCAGGAUACACAUCACACCAUUAUGAGCAUUUACAGCAUGCAAAUGGUGGAUACCAGGCCAGGUGAUGGAAGAACCAUAUGGCAUAUAGACUGGAGUUUCCAUUAUGGAUGGCCAAAAUGAUCAGGACCAUGGUUUUAGUACCAUGUUAGAUGGAAUUAGUGACAGGCAAAUUCCACCCAAUAUAGUCACUCCAAGUGGGUGACUGAGGUGUUUGUGACGAGCGACGUGCAGGGGAACGCCCGUUGGGGUUACCAAUCACUUAGACAGUCGGAAUGUCCAAGCAAUUGGGUAGAGUCGGAGGGAAAGGCAGCGUCGUCGUCACUUACUAUAGGCAAGAGUAU